CGCCAGCAAUCUGCAAUGCUACCCAAUCAGCCUCUUUGUUUGGGUGCCCCCCGAAAACGCUGCGGCCUGGCACUGCUAGGGCGUAGAGAGGAGCCUGGCGCCGCUGCCCGAGGGGUCCCGGCCGGGUGCGGGUUGGCCAGCAUGAGCCGGCUGGGCCCGUUUCUGGUUGCGCCGCGCCUGCUCUGUCGGUCCUGGGUCCUGCCGAGGCGGCCUAGCCGCGUCUCCAUAGUGACGGGACCCUGCGCGGGCCUAGGUGCCGCCGCCUCCCUGUGCUCGGGCCCAGCGGCUCCGAGCCGGGCCAUGGAGGAGCUGCUGAGCCGCUCCGUGCCCCCGCUGCCCCCCUACGAGACGAGGGAGAAAGCGCCGCCGCCGGCCGAGCUCCGCAGCGCGGAGUUCAUGCUCUCCUACAGGGCCCUGCAGGCCGGGCCCCGGCGGGCGGAGCUGCUGGCCCGCCUGGCCCGGGACUUCGGCGUGGACCACGGACAGGUGGCCGAGUUCAGCGCCAAGGUGCUGCAGGCUCGGGAGCAGCAGAGGGAGCCGGGCGCCUUGCUCCAGGCCGAGGACCGGCUCCGUUACUACCUCACCCCCCGCUACCGGGGUCUCUUCCAGCACUUGGGCCGGCUGGAGGGCGGGCUCCGCUUCCUGAUGGAGCUCAGGGGCGACCUGGUGGAGGCGCUGGCGGCGCGGCAUGCGGAGGGGCCGCACGUCAGGGAAAUGAAUGGCAUGCUAAAGAGCAUGCUUUCAGAAUGGUUUUCUACGGGAUUCCUAAACCUGGAGCGAGUCACCUGGCAGUCACCUUGUGAAGUUCUUCAAAAGAUUAGUGACUCUGAAGCAGUGCAUCCUGUCAGAAACUGGAUUGAUAUGAAGCGUCGAGUUGGGUCAUAUAGAAGGUGCUACUUUUUUGCCCACUGUGCAAUCCCUGGGGAACCAUUGAUAGCCUUGCAUGUAGCACUAACCAAUGAAAUCUCCAGCAGCAUCCAGGCCAUAGUGAAAGAGGUUCCCCCUCUAGAAACAGAAGAUAUGAACAAAAUUACUACAGCCAUUUUCUAUUCAAUCAGUUUGACUCAGCAGGGACUUCAGGGUGUAGAACUGGGGACUCACCUCAUCAAACGAGUUGUUAAAGAACUACAGGGGGAAUUUCCUCAGAUCAAAGUGUUUUCUAGUCUGUCACCUAUCCCAGGAUUCACCAAGUGGCUCAUUGGACUUCUGACCUCACAAACAAAGGAACAGGGGGAAAAUGAACUAUUUACAGAUGCAGAAUGCCAAGAAAUCUCUGAGAUCACAGGUGACCCGGCUGCUGAAAAGCUAAAGAGGCUCUUAACUAACAACGAAUGGGUGAGAUCGGAAAGAUUGGUCAAAGCAUUGCAUUCUCCAUUUAUGAGACUCUGUGCUUGGUACCUGUAUGGAGAGAAACACCGUGGAUAUGCCCUUAAUCCAGUAGCAAACUUUCACCUUCAGAAUGGUGCAGUGCUGUGGCGGAUAAAUUGGAUGGCAGACACAAGCCCCCGUGGGAUCACUGCUUCAUGUGGCAUGAUGGUAAAUUAUCGGUAUUUCUUAGAGGACACAGCCAGUAACAGUGCAGGAUACCUUGGGACAAAGCACAUCAAAGCCUCAGAACAGGUUCUUUCCUUGGUGUCUCAAUUUCAGCAAAAUAGCAAACUUUAAAUAUACAAGAAGUUUUUAAGAGCGAACCUUCCUCAUUUGAAUGAAGGUGUAGGAUAUCUUGGGAUGUCCUUAUUGAAAAGAGAAUGUUUGUAAUAAAACAAUGAGCUCUGUUCUUAGUCACAGCAGGAUGCAAAAUUACAUUGUCUGCCAAAAUUACUAUAACUUUCUUUACUUGUACUGCCAGAUACCCAAAGCCUGAUACAGUAUGGUUGAAUUAUUGCCAUACUUUAUGUUCAGAUGAGCUGGAAAUGUGUAUUAAAGGCUGUGUAAACUCAUCUCAUUAAGGUUACAAGCCAGUGGUGACUUGUGUGGACUGUUCUCUGCCCCUGUUGUUGUUCUCAGGCUCAAUAUUGUUGUUUAAGCUACAUCUUCAAAAGCACAGAGGAAUUCCUCUGUACCCAAAUAGCUAGAUAAAAGCAAUGAGCGAAGACCAUUUUUUUGUUCAAAUAUAUAUAAGCUGAAGAGCAAUCUGCAGCAUUUCUUCACGAAGGUCUUUGUCUUCUUUAUUCCUGACAUUUUUUGGUAAAACCUCUUGAUUUGGCCAUUCUUUUGCUUUUUCAAAGUACAGUGCAAAGUGUCAACACUGAAUCAUUGCUCUGAUCACGCAACAAGAUACCUUGUAUUUCUGUGGCUUUUUCUCAAGGCAGUAGGUAUGUGCAACAGUGUAUUUGCAGAUUGCUAUAGCUCAUAUUUACAGUUUAAUAAGUAAAAUCAGUGGCUCUAAAUAAGAGAAGAAAGUCUGUUGCUUAUAGGACUUAAUUAUGAAGAUUUCGGAUCUAUAUUAAAUCUCCAUAAAUUAUAUUGGAUAUUUUAGAAGUUGGACUUUAAGAAGCUUUUUUUAAUAGUAAAAAGCCAGGUUUGGUCUGUAAAGCAAUAAAUUAAAAUAAAACAAGUCUUGCCCUAUAAACGUUACAUGAUAUCGCUCUCAAAAUGUACCAUAUUCAGGUUACAGUCACACUUGAUGUUAGUGUCUCCAGUGAAAUAAGACCACUAACUUCAGUGGAUCAGAUAUCAGCAGAUUUGGAGUGCAGAAUUCUUGGCUACUUCAAUGUAUGAUGAAAUCCUGACCAAAUUCCUAAGAGAAUUACACAAACAUUUCUAUUUCCCUAUGCAAGUAAAGGUGAAGGGAUCCUUAAGGGUCCAGAUAUACCAUUUCAUUCCAGGAGAAAGGACAAUCAAAUGAAUUAUUUGUAUUCACUAAACAAAAAACUUCCCACCUACUGAGUGGCCUGUUUUAAAUAUCUGCUAAAGAGAUUAAAUGUUCCCUGGCUUCAGCUGAUGGCAGAUUUCUCAGUGUGAUGAUGCAGAGAGGCUGGAUGCACUACACACUAUUCCCUUCAGAACAAAGUCAUUUUUACAUAGCAGCUGGUCUUCACAUUAGCAAUGGCAACUAGCCUAUGCCAUGCUGCUUUCAUUAUGUUUUUAAGAAUGGUUCCAAAAGCCAUCACAUCUAGUCAGCAGGUAUCUCUUAUGUCAACAAAUUAAGGCAAACCCGUGGGUUUUGAUCAGAUACCAGU